GCGACCCUCCAGUGGCCCCCAGAUAAUUAGAGUUUGAGACCCCUGCCUUAUUCAGUGCAGCUAGAUACAUGUGACUGAUCACAUGGUCAUGACAUCACCAAAGGUCCUUUGGCCUGCUAGAGACUAACACCCUGGCCCCGCCUAGAACUGAUCACAUGAUCGUGACGUCAUCAAAGGUCCUUUAGCCUGUUAGGCUCUAAUACCUGCUAUGUUUGUGUGUUAUGAGAUGAUCUGACCAUAGAGGACAGUACAGAGCGGCUGUUCCGUCUCCCCCUGAUACCUCCAGGAGCAGCGCUCAUCCCCAGGGAUGAAUCCGGCGUUUUCCUCUCUUUCCUCGUACCAUGAGGCCAAGAUGAAGAGCAAGAAAAGGAGCCACAAGGAGAAAUACCGGCUCAAGUGUCUGCGGCUCCGGAGAACGGCCAAGGCUAUGAUCUACGAGAACGCAGCUCUGUGUGAUGAGAUCGCUCGGCUCGAAAGCAAAUUUGUAAGAGCGAAGGAAGAGAGGAGGUUUUUGUUGAAAAGGCUCCUGCAGCUCCAGGCCCUCAGUGAGGACGACCCGGCCGGCACUCACAGCUCUGGUUUGUCACUCGGCUUUGACAUGGCCGGACUGAGCGAUGGAAACCUGGAGAUGGGCCUGAGCAGCGCGGUGGAGGAUGGCGACCGGAAAAAGACGAAGAAAGACCGCAGGGAGAAAGGAAAAGAGAACAAAGCAGAAGUCAUGAAAAAGUUAUCUAAAAAGAAGAAAAUGAGUGAAGGAGCAACGCGCAGAUGGGUGCAGCCCAUCCUCCUGGACCCCUGCGGUCGCCCUGUAUUUCCCAUUGUAUUGGAUGGGCUGACAGUCUAUAGUCUGGGAGAGAUCAUAUCGGACCGCAGUAGCUUCCAUGACAAGACCGCCAUUUAUCCUGUUGGUUUCUGCAGCACGAGAGUUUACGUCAGCAUGAGGAGCCCUGACCAGAAGUGUCUGUAUACUUGUCAGAUAAAGGACGGCUGGUCUGGACCCCAGUUUGAGAUCGUGCCUGAAGACGAUCCUCAGAAUUCCAUAAUCGCCAACUCUGCCGCCGACUGUCACGCUGCUCUUCUAAAAAACGUUGGCGCCGUACGCGGACAGAUGGUGACAGUUCAGGAGAACGCAGGCGAAUACUUCUUUGGGUUCACGCACCCCACUAUUCAGAACUUAAUACAGAGCAGUCCGGGCGCUCGGAAAUGUAUGAGCUACGAGUGGGUGAGGUUCGAAGUGUGGAAGUCCGGAGAUGGGCCGAUGCCUCAGGGUCUGUCCGAGAAUAGUCCGGCCAUAAACUUCGAGGCCUUCCAGAGACAUUCCUUCACCGAGAUGAAAGCGGAAAAUGUCCUGACAGCGUCGUUAGACCUCCCGGAGAUCCACGCUGCGCACGAUUAUAUCUCCACCUAUCAGGAGAUGUUCCUGUCCCCGUCUCAGCUCUCCAGGAACAUCCAGCACCUGAAGUCUCCGUCUGACAACCAGUACAGCCCCCCGGGGUCCCCAGAGUGACCGCUGUAAAUGUAUGUGUGCUAUUUAUUAUUAGUGUAAGGACACAAUUCACAUGCUGCACAUAGAGCGGUGUCGGUACAUUGUGUCAUGUACAGAUAUUUUUUUUUUUUUUUA